CACAAACAGACUGAAAUCUAAGCUGCAUCUGACAUUUGAAAGUCGAGAUUUUUAGUGUCUCAAAGAAUUACAUUUAGGUGUCAUGCAAACUAUAUUAAGACUUUUUCAGAAGACUUUGAAAGUAAAAAAUGAUUUGUAUGGAUGCUUUUCUGGAGCCUGACAUCCACCUGCUUUUGUGAUGCACAGAAAGUUGCACUGGUUUGAAUAACACAAGGGUGAGUAAAUGACCACAGAGCUGUUAUUUGUGGUCAAACUAGUCUUAUAAACUAAGGUAAGGUUGGAAUGCACAUUCAGAACCAGCUCUAUAUUUGUUAACCCUUCACCUCUGAAGAAACCUCCUUCAGUCCUCAGAGCCCCUGUGCAAGGUUAUUAUUAUACUAAAUAAGCUUUCUUAUUCCUUAUUUAAUGUGUGUGAUAUAAGAAUGAUAUUCCUGCAUGCCUAUCAGUGUCUUUAUACGCAUGUGAUUGGAUUAGCUGUGCAUCUUCAUUACUUCUGCAAGCCAGUGAUGCUAAUCUCGCUGACGGAAAAGAGCCGAGCCGCCGCGGGGAAUGAACGGCUAGCGGUGGGCGGAGUCACAGCUUACAAAAACUGGCCCUGAAAACCAGCGUCCACUCACACUUUAACUGAACACACAGCAUUACCUGCAUCUGACCACAGACGGCAGACAGAAUGAGUCCCAAACACGUCAUCUACAAGAAGCUCUCCAGAGACAAGUCUGUGGGCGUUUACAUGGGGAAACGGGAUUUUGUGGAUCACUGCGAGUUUGUUGAUCCUGUCGAUGGUGUUGUGCUGGUCGACCCCGAGCAGGUGAAAGGAAAGAAAGUCUACGUCAUGCUGUCCUGUACGUUCCGGUACGGUCGGGACGAUAUGGACGUGAUGGGGAUGGCGUUUCGCAGGGACAUCUUCCUGUGCUCUCGACAGGUCUACCCUCCUCUGCAGGACAAGGAACGCAGCGUUCAUACCAAAGUACAGGAGAAGAUCCUGCGCAAACUCGGAGACAACGCAUACCCCUUCUUCUUCGAGUUUCCAGAUAACCUGCCGUGUUCAGUGUGUCUGCAGCCGGGGCCCACAGAUGUAGGAAAGCAUUGUGCAGUGGAGUUUGAGGUGAAGGCAUUCUGUGCAGAAAAUCAAGAUGAAAAAGCCCAAAAGAGGAGCUCGGUCCGGUUGGCCAUCAGAAAGAUCCAGUACGCUCCAGAUAAAGGCGGCGCGGCUCCAUCGGCCGAAACCACCUGUGAAUUCAUCAUGUCUGAUAAACCGCUGCACAUGCGUGUCAGUCUGGAGAAAGAGACGUAUUACCACGGAGAGGAGAUCAACAUCAGCGUGGACAUCGACAACAGCUCCAACAGGAACUUGAAGGACUUGUCUGUCUCAGUGGAGCAGGUCACUAACGUGGUGCUUUACUCUAACGACAAGUACGUCAAAACUGUGGCCUACGAGGAGACCACGGACACUGUGCCGUCUGGUACGAGUCUGAAGAAGGUUUACACCCUGUGUCCUCUCCUGGACGAUAACCGUGAUAGGCUCGGACUCGCUCUGGACGGAAAACUAAAGCACGAGGACACUAACCUGGCCUCCUCCAGCAUUGUAAAGGAUGAAGUUCUGAAGGAGAUUCUGGGCAUGUUGGUGGCUUAUAGGGUGGUGGUGAAAAGUAAUGCAGCCGGCAUCGUUGGAUCCAGUGAAGUUGCUGUGGAGGUUCUUAAACUCAUGCAUCCCAAACCUGAUCCAGGUGAAGACACAACUGACUUGGUGUUCGAGGAGUUUAAACGCUCCUAUCUGAAAGGAGUCAUCGGCGACGAUGACGAAUCUCCGGCUGAGCCUUGAGAGCCUUCUCCGUGGAAAGUGCUCACAGACGACAUGUAUUUUGUGUGUUUUUUGUGUAGGCAGACUUGUGAGUGUAAAGAUUCAUAAGCAUUUAUAGAUGCAUGUUAAGGCUGGGUAGAUGUGAUGUGCCCUAAUGCAAGAAUAUUUUUUAAGACAGGUGAGAAAAAAAUCAAUUGGCCAAAUUACCAUUUAUCUUGCAGUCUCCAUAUAUUCAUUGCAAAUAAUUAUGGAUAUUGUAGUUAAAUAAAUCAUGGCCACUAAAUAUAUGCAUUUUGACAUUUAAGAACCAAACUAAAAAUUAUAACUCUAGCGCUUUCAGUAAGGAUAAACUGAUAUAUAUAGUGUAUUUUAUUUGCCACAGAUGGAUGUAUUGCUUAGUAAAUUAGUUGCAGUGUACAUUUUUAAAGAGGCAAAUCCUGUUCCUCUGUUGUUAUUUGCUCUUUAAAUGCUUUGAGCUAUAAUUAAACUAUUUGUGACAGCAAAACAGCUGUGUUUACAUGA